AUCCUUAGCUGCCGUGUUUGUGAAAAUUAAUUCAGUAAAAUGGCAACCUUUUCACAAUCCUCCAUAGACAAGGGAUCUGACAUUACAAAAAGCUUUUCACAAUCCACCAUUGAUAAGGGAUCUGACAUGAUCCAAGACUUCUUGUGCUCGACCUGCGAAGAAAAAAACAGGAUAAAAUGGCUGAUUUCUACUGUGAAUCUUGUGUGAAGUUUUACUGUGGAGAAUGUGUUAACAUGCACAACAAGUUGUUUACAAAACAUACCCCUUAUGGAAGAGGAGCUAUGAAGAAAUGGCCAGUGGCCAAGAAGGUUGAAGAUUUUCUUCUUAAAUGUGAUAUUCAUAAAGAAGAAAGCCUGAAAAUGUAUUGUGAUGAUCACAGUGAGCUGUGCUGCACAAAUUGUGCAUUCCUUAAUCACAGACUCUGCCAAAAGGUAAGUCUUAUAUCCGACAAAGUGAAAGGUCAGUCCACAGACCUUCAAAAACUGUCAGUUUCUAUCAAAACUAUUCUGGAAGAAAUAAAAAAACUUCAAGAAAACCAAGAAGCUAGCAUUCAAUAUGUUCAAAGUUCAUAUGAUGAGCAGUUAUACACAAUACAGAAAACUCGCCAAAAUAUAAAUACAGCCUUAGACACAAUCGAACAGAAGACACUGAAGGAAAUGAAAGAUACUCUCACCAAACUUCAUGCCUCUUCCAAAAGUGAUGUUGACAAAUGCAUCAGGCUUAGGGAUGAAUUGAAACAACUUCGUGACGCCAUACAGGAUAUCAGUGAUAAAAGCAAACUGGAACUAUCCUUUAUAGCCACCAGGAAAUGCAAGGAUAAAAUACAGCAGUCUGAAACCUAUCUGAAGGAAAAUUCUCUUCUGGCUAAAGUUUCAAUAACAUUUCUGCCUAACCGUGAAAUUAUACAGUACUUGUCUAAACUGUCUGGUCUUGGACAGAUUGAACACAGUACCCAGACAUUGAUGGGGCAAGAUAAUCCAAAUAAGGUAAUCACUGUGCAGGGGAAGUCUGAACAUAAUGUAAGAAUAUCAAGUGAUUCAACGGAAUGCAUUAUCACAGCCAUCUGUAUACUACCAGACAGAAAGGUCCUGGUUGUAGACAACGAUAAUGCGAAUGUCAAGCUUCUUGACCAGCAGUACCAGGUGGUGAGUCACUGGAGUGCUACUGGCAGGCCAGUGGGUAUGUGUGAGAUCACACCCAGUGAGGUGGCUGUGACUCUUAAUGGUCCAGAUACAAACACACAUGAGGUCCAGUUCAUCACAGUAAACAACAGGAAGCUGGUGAUGGGAAAAAAGCUUCAGUUACAACACAUAUGUGGAAGUAUUGCCUUCCAACAAGGAGACCUGUAUAUUACUUCUAGAACUGCCCUGUACAUGUACACACUCAGUGGGAAAUUUGUCAGCAAGAUGUAUGAGGAUACAUCAGGUGAUAUGACAGUAGGCAGUUGUGCUGUGAGUCCCACAGGGGACAAGUUGUACAUCAAUAACUGCUCUAAGCACAAGAUUCUUACCCUUGCCAGGGAUGGUUCAGUCCUGGCCAACUUCACUGACCCUGCACUACGUGGUGUACACGUGACACCUGCAGGCCAGGUGCUGGUAUGUGGAGGCCAAUACCCCAACGUCUAUAUCAUACAGUUGGACAGUGAGGGAAAAAGGAAGCUGGCCACUCUUGCUACGGAGAAGGAUGGAAUGGGUUACCCAUGGUCAAUCUGCUACAACAGACACACCGCCUGCAUAAUUGUCGGACUUUUUGAAAACAACAGUAUCCUGGUGUUCAAAGUACAAUAGUGUUUUUUAACAAGCAUCUUGUUUAAUUAUUCAGAUUAUUCAAAUUGGCCAUGAGAAUAUGCUGUUCUACAGUUAGAGCAUUGUGAUAUGAUACCAUAACAAUGAUAGUAUUAAUAAAGAGUAUAUGUGAACAUUAUAAGUGCUAUGCAUAUAUUAAGUUGUUAAAUCUAUGAAAAUUCUUUGUGUAUUUCUAUUUCACUUAACACGUUAAAAUGAUUUUAGUUCAGAAAAUAAUGUGUUAUUUACCUGACAUCAAAAUCGCACUCGAUUUAUGUUUUUAACAUACAUUACAACCGUAUAGAAGAUAACUUGAAAUUUGUUUAAUCCUUGGUUUUGAAAAAUGAUGAAAAUUGUUGUUUCCUGCUUUGAAAACACCUUUCUUUAUUAAUUGUAAUGACCUUAACUCAGGUUUGAAUCAAAAUUAAUACCCAAUGAAAUGUUCAAAUAUUCUCUUCCAGUUCAAUUAAAUGAAUAAAUGUUAAUUCAGCAUCGGUUAAUAUGAAAAUUAUAGCGAAACAGCAUUUUGCCAUUUUGUUAACCCGAGUUUACAGUGCGAAGCUGUUCGAACAAAAUUUUACACUAUCAAAAUCAAGACAUUUUGUGUGUGCCCCUGUAUAUUUUCCAGAGCGUUUAUUUUUGCAAAUGGUCUUCUUAUAUAAAACAAUUAGAAUUUUAGCAUAUACUAUACCCUGUUUCCUAUUUAAUACAACCAUAAACUAUAAUUUAAAUUACACAUGUGUAAGACAACACUUUUAAACGUUUUCAUUGGCUUAGUUUUCGUUUAUUGACCAAUCGCAUUUUUUUAUUUUGCUGAAAUGACGUUGCAACGUCAAAUGACGUCACGAAAUGUAAUCAACAUUCGGGAUUUAUCAUUAUGUUUGCGUAAAUAUGUAUUUAAUUUGAUCAUUUAAAAGCAUGUGAUAAAAAAGAUCCGACACUCAUUGUCAUAUUAUACCAUAUUUUAUUAAACUCGUCCAGGAAAUUUGCCAAAGGCUCGCUAACUAACAAAAUUCAUGAACUCGUUUAAUAAAAUAUGGUAUAACAUGACAACUCGUGCAAGAUCAUAUAUAUAUUGCAUUCUGUGAAAUAGUAUAUAUUAUAGCAUAUAGUUCUUCCUCACUCUUCCCUACCCUGAUAUACAUGCACAUACAUUAUACAAAUUCAUAUAAUUGUUUUUCAUAAUUGAUAUUCAAACAUUUUAAAGUAAUGAGUUUCACAUAAGCCAAAAUUACAACAGUGCAUUCAUGUAAAAUUAAUUAUCUGCAAGACAUUUAAGAAAAACCAAUAGUAAGAACCAGUUUAAUUGAUCUUAUUAAAAAUAAUAUGCAAUACACAUAAAUUGAUUACUAUUAGUCUUUUGGAAUGAAUUCUCCGGUUUUAAAUAGUAAUGAAAUACAAUGCAAUCAAUUUUAUUAAGUUGGAUAUAUUCCAAGAUAACAAUUACAUGCAUGUAUAGGUAAAUUAAAGAUUGGCUCCCUAACAAGUCUAAAACACUGUUCCAGUAAACAUCAAGAAUAAAAUUAAAAAAUAGAAAACAAUUAGGUUUCAACAGGACUCGAACCACUGACCCCUGGAGGCUCCGCCUCUCGUGUGAUACGUCAUCACACAAGCAACUCGAGUGAUACAAACUCUUGGAACAAUUGACUAGCGUAAUAUUCCGUAUUUAUUUAAACUUCAUUUUGGGAAAACAGGGCUUAAUGCAUAUUCAUUAAUUGUCAUCCCUGUACCAGAAACUCUCUUUAAACGAAAAACGCCAUAAAAUCUGAAAGUAUCGCCCUUGAUUAACUUGUGCACAUUGCACAGGCUAAUCAGUGUGCACAGGCUAAUCUGGGACAGAAAAUCAAUAUUUCAAUGGCUUUAGCCACUACCCUGGUACUUACAUCUGUGCACCAACAGCGUCUUGUGCCGCGGUCCCCCAAUGUUUUGCAGGCAUUUGUGGAAACGUCCUGCUAUGUGCAAAUAAUGAAACAGUGAAUAUACAAUUUUUACAUAGACCAAUGACCGUGUGGCUCAACAUCAAUAUACAUUUUACAUGAUUUCAAUUAUCUGAGGAUUGUAAAAUAUACAUGAUUGAAAAAGCAGAUAAAGACAUAAUGAUGUAUAUAUAAUAAUAGUCACAACAAUUUGCUCUGUGUCUGUAUGUGUCUUAUAUUUGAUAUAUAAAUAAUAAAUACUCUUCAGUAUAAUGGUUCGAUUUGCUCUGUAUCUUUAUGUGUCUUAUAUUUGAGAUAUAACACACUAGAAGCACGUAGGAAAAACGUAGUAUAACUAAUAAGAAAUGCCAACGCCCGAAAGCUUGCAGUACUGGUAUGAUCAUCCCAUUUACUUUAAUUGAAGGGUUAUAUUGACUAUAGCACUACGAUAGGUGCAAAUAUAAAGUUCAGUUACAGAUAAAAACUAUUGUUGCACUCUAAAAGCCCGUUGAUAUAGUAGUGUUUCAUUAACGACCACUAAUGUGUUGCACUAUGUAAGUGUUCGUAGUCCGGGCGCACAAAUGUAUAUCAUUGGUACACUUGAAAAAAUCUUCAUGAAACACAUCGUUAAUCCAUUCAAGCAAUUGUUAGAUUUUUUAAAGCUGAAUUAAGUAGUUGUUUUUAUAAUCUGACAGUGUACAUGAAUGUCAAGAGCAGAAAGUUUUUAUUUAAGUUGGCGACCAAACAAUGUAACUAAAUUCAUAUCUUUUUACAAAUGUCGAUUACGUAUAUGUUGACCUAGUGGGAAUGUUUUAUCAGGAAAGUUUUCAACAAGACACAUUCUUUGAGCUUAUGAGUACAACGUGUAUAUCAAUUUAAUACCAAUAUCGGUUAAAUGACACUCAAUAUAAAAUUUCGGUAAUCCUCUUCUCAAUGACCCCCCCCCCCCCCGCACACGAUGCUAUUUUAUAGAUAAAAGCUGGCAAUUAAUCGGACAUGGACGUCAUUUUAAUGCUGUGAGAUCUGUGUUAAGCUGUGAUUGGGCACGUACGCCUACAUGAUACUACAGGACAUGGUUCUUAGUGGUUAAACUUGUUUCCCCUGUCUCAUUUAUUUAGUAACAGGACCAGGACCAUUCAUAGUAUUAUGCCUGCACAGUAUACCUAAGCAUUUGAAAGAUUUGUGUGAUAGUUUGUAUUAGUUUACUUUUUGCAUACUUCAAUUUUAAAAUAAAAUUCAUGAAAAUAA